AUGAGCUCUGGAUCAAAUAUUACGGACAUCAGAACACUUCCUGAAUUUAAGAUUGUUGUACCGUCUGGUUUAAUUUCUGGGUUUGUGAAUGCCUUUUGCCUGGUUUACCUUCUUGCGAGGUUGUUGAUGCGAUGGUGGAUGACUAAGAGAUCAUUGUCGAUGGCUCACAGGGUGCCGUUUUAUAUAGCAUCGAGUGAAUUUUUAUUAUUUUGGAUCAAUCUAGUGAAUGUGGGAUACUCGGCUCUUAAUGGUCAUUCAAUUCAAGGAGAUGCAUGUAAAGUAGUUGGCGGAAUAGUAGCUUUCAUUGUAACAUCAAAUGUGACCUUAGUUGAAUUGAGUUUUAGACGAAAUUCUAUUCAAAAACUUGGUUCCGAUAAUUCUCAUCUUACCCGAAUUGAUAUACUUGUUGUGAGGAAAAUUAUCGCCUAUAUUCUAAUAUUCCUUAUAGAAUGGACUCCUACCACGAUUUAUUUAAUAGCUCAAAUGUUUCAAUACGAAAACAUAUGGAUUUAUACUGGUUCGGUAAUUUUUAUAAAUCUUGGUGGAAUAGGAAAUGCAAUCCUGUAUAUUUCAUAUGAAGGUUGGACAAAUAAAUAUGACAGUAAAGGUGGAAACAUCACGUAUAACUCCAGUGAAGUUAGUGGAACUAGUCAAGAAUCAUAUCCUCAAAUAAAAGUUCAUCAUCUCAGUGUCGUUGAAAAAGAAAAUUUUACUUCUGAUUCAUCAAUAUUAGAUUCGACAAAUCAAGAAUUAUAA